GCGUGGCUGCCUAGUGAAAUGGCGCAUGCGGAAUGUGUUGCAGACGCAGUUUGAAGCUAAACGAAAACAAAUGAAAGGCCUAUUAUUAAACAUCCAACCGCCGUUAAAAAUAAAAAAAGAAGCUAAUUGAACAAUUUUCUAUUAAUGUUAUACUGUCGGGUUUAGAGAGGGCGUGGUUCUAGUUUUAUACACAGUAAAUAUCAUACUUUGUUCUUAUCUACUGCUGGAUAAGGUUAUAGGCUAGUUAAAAGAGUGUAACGUUAGCCUAACAUAUGGGCAUCUUUGACAAACAUUGCUGAUAUAUGCUGUUGGACGUCUGAAGUCAUAAGAUACAUAGUCAUUUUCGUGUGACCACAAAAGGAGCUUGUUUCCUGUUUGGCAGAGUUUACAAAACCGUGUAAACCAUCUCAGCACAGCACAACAACAAGAAAUCAUCUCGGUGUGAGACUCUGAAUAAUCCUACAGUAUGGCGGACUUGGAUAAGUCUGAUAAAUCAGGGUUUUUACAGCCGAACGCACCACCACCACCAUACCAGGAUCCCGCUCAGUAUCCUAACACUGGAUAUCCUCCUCCAGGGAACACUUUUGCCUAUCAGCCACAUGGAGGUCCAGUCGGCCCAUACGGCACAGGGCCUUAUCCUGGAUAUCAUGCAGUCGUUGUACAGCCGACGGUUUAUGUGACCGCCGCUCCGCUGGUCAGUCCUCUGCCAGAUUACCUGGGUUACUCCAUCUUUACCAUGCUGUGCUGUUGUUUACCUCUGGGCAUUGCUGCUCUCAUUUACUCCAUCUCUACUCGGAAUGCUAACAUGACCGGACAACCACAGAUAGCAGAAAAGAAUUCCAAAAUGGCUCUCACCCUUAACCAUGUCGCUCUUGGUAUUGGCCUUACCAUCAUUGUCUUGUAUAUCACCAUCAUCAUUGUUUCCAUUGCUUAGUAACACAUUUCAAUAAUUAUCAGAGAUAUUGUGGUUGGAUUGCAAUAAGUUAAUGAAUAUUACCAUAUACAAAUGCUUCUAAUGUUGUUGGUUUUUUUUUUAAAACACGGUUGGUACCGUGCUUUAAAAUCUGCUCACUAUUGCUCAGAUUAGAUAUGACACUUUCUAAACUUCACAUUACCGAAGCGUUUCAUAUGAUUUCACAUGUUUAAUCAAUUGUAGAGCUUCUUAGCUUUGACCUGCACUGUAAAAAGUUAAUUUGUAACACCUAAAAAAAAUAAAAAUUUCUCUUAAAAUGAACAUUUUAAGUUACCAAUUGGAGUAAUGUUAUUUUCCCUUUUACAGUGUGGAUCUCUCUCUCCCACUCCGUUUAGGUUUUGAAGUCUCUAUUAACAAGGUGCAUGUGUUAGAUGAGAGAGACAUAUUGAAUGUGUUGCGGGCACCAGGACUGGGUUGAGAAUCAUUAAUGUAUUUCACUAACAUUAUUAUUCACUUAGCUGUAAAUGUCAAAGUUAAGGCAUAUUUUGUUUUCAUUUUAAUUGUGCAUUAAUAAAAGUUUGACCUACUGAAAA